CAGAGAGCCACAUGAGUCAGAUUAAUAUUUUGCUUUUGUUCAGAGUCCCAGUCGAGUUCAGUAUUCAGAUACUCGUUGCCAUCCAAACCGAACUGAAGUCAAAUACUAAUGUGUGUACUUACGUGUAAAGCAGUUAAAAAAAAUGUGCAAACAUACAACCAUAGCGUGGCUGUGGAUGUAGUGAAGAGUGCCAGCAUUAAUCGCAUUUUUCCCUUGCACGACGACUAGAAAAUACUCGACACGUUUGUCUGCUUCUGUUUCUGCUUCUACCUCUGUUUGGCCUGGCCUAGUGAAAAACAAAAAUUGAUAUUGUGUAAGUUAUAUCUAGCAUUGAAAAGAUGAAAAGUGUCAUUGUCGUUCCUAUAAAUACACCUCCUCGGGGAAGGAAGUCGCAAUAGAGGCACUCAACGCUAGCCCCACAAAGGAGAUCCGCAGACCCAGACACAGAAAGCCAAAACUUCGGAGUAGGGCUGAGCUAAAAGUAUAGUGCGCAGCCAUCAUGACUAACUCACCACCCAAAAGGCCAGCCCAUGUACAGAAAAUCGAUAUUCUAGUCGCGCUGUAACGCUGGGUAGCGCCUACCUGAAAAUAAAACACAGACAGGCGAGACAUUAGUAUACCGAAAACCUCUUCCGCCAAUGGUCGACAUAUAGCAAAUGUCUAUACAUAUCAUACUGAUAUAGCUAUAGCCCCCCCCAAAAAGAAAAACAAAAACAUAAACCAUCUGUGAUACGCGUGUACCUAAAAAAAAAACGUUUUUGCGAAAUGAACUAACUUUGCACCGAUCGAGGGUAUCACUGGGAAAUUAACGAUGCGUCUUGUCCGCAGUAAAUGUUGUCAACGUGAUGUUUCUGUAACCGACUAUCUGAACACCCCCACUCCGCAUCCGCAUCCAUCGUCCACAAACGCCGAAGUCCACACCAAAAAUAUAUUUACGCGCUACUGGGACGACCACAUAAAAAUGAAGGAACCGUGCGAGGAAAGGUCCAGGGGCAAGGCCUCAUCAACAUCGUCUUCACCACCUGCCAAACAAACCCAGAGCGUUACGUUCGUGAGGACCAGUAAUGCACCAGCUGUUUGCGACGCCAACGGGAACGGGAAUGGGAAUUCGUCUCAAACGGAGUGGACAUUUCCCCCAAAAGCGCCCACUCCGCAUAUCUACAAUUGCCUGAGCCCCGACAUGAUGGCAUCAAGUGAUAAAAGCAGCUUUAAAGGAUUUCGCAAGCAAUUUAGUGGACGGUUCAAGCGCUUAGUUACUCGAAAAGUGGAACACACUCCAGUGAUACCUCCAGAAUUGAAGCCGCAACUAAAAACAAUAUACGUUUACUAACUUAAGAUGUAACGACAAUUGCAAGCACAAGUGUUUUCCCCAUUGUAUACGUGCUCCAUCAGUGUGCGUUUAUAUGCAGGAAACAUUAGUGAUAGGAAAAGCAAGAUAAACUAAGUUAUCAUAAUACCAUUCUGAUUGACAAUUUUAAGUAUUCAGCGAUUCGUGCGUAUUGUUAGGCUCAAUAAAAAAGAACAUUUCAUAAGACA